AGAGCACACCGAGAUCUCGACUGAGGCGCUACCGACGAGCGGACCCACACACACACACACACACACACCCCUGCGUGCGACAUGUGGAGGAGACACAGGCGGCGCCGUCGUUGAACCCUGAACACCGUCCGCGAUGGAGAAACAAAAAGUGCUCAAUCGGCUGGUCUCAGACCUCCAGUCCUUUCUCUUGGUCCUGGAUAAUGAGAACCUCAGCUACAUUGCUCAGGCCCAGAAGAAGUCUAUUUCAGACUUGCUCUCUAAGCUGCAGGAUACUCCCGUUGAGGAUGCAGAAUAUAUGAUCAUGAGUUGCCCAUCUGCAGCCAUAAGCAGUGAUCUCAGGGAAAAUCAGCUUCCAGACACUGGGAGCUUUCUUCAGUCCACGGUUGACCUUCAUCAUUCGGAGGAACCGUCCUCCUCUGCUGAGUGGCUGCUGAAGGCGAACCAGGGUCCUGUAGUGCCCCCGUACCCCCCAAAUGGCCUUGAAGAUGACUGCUAUGAAGAAGCAGAACCCUUUGUUCCAACAAGUCAGCCCACAGUGGACUCAGACAGCAGCCUGUAUGAGUCGUAUGACGAAGAGGAGGACUUUGUGAAAGACCGUGCUCACUACAUCCAGUGGAGUGCCUCACAGCCCUCCCUGCGAGCGGCCCCAGAGUCACGUAUCUGUGGUUACUUGUGGAGGAAGAAGUGGUUAGGCCAGUGGACGAAGCAGCUCUUCAUUGUCCGCAACACAGUCCUACUGUGCUACAAAUGUGCUAAAGACCUGAAUCCUCUGUUGGAGCUGGAGCUCACGGGUUGCCAGGUGGUCUACAAGUCUAAGCAUGGCAAGAAGAUGCAACAUGAGCUGAAGGUGGUAGCAGGCUCGGACACCGUGGUCAUGGGCUUCCACAGCUGCCAGCAGGCUGAGGAAUGGCGGAAGAUCAUUGAAGAAGUGAGCGGCUACUCCCACUAUGAGAAGGAAUCACACAGUUCAUCUUCCAUACUUAAGUGUGACAGACUGGACUCUUGCAGGUCAAGCACAGUCCUCCACACAGAUUCAGAUGAAGAUAAAUUGUCUGGCCUUCCUUCAGCAGCUAGCAGUGUAGAAGUGAGGAAUAAGGGCUUCCUGAAUGUGCUGAUGAACUGCCAGUGGCAGAGCCUGUGGUGCCAAGUGGAAGACAACGUGCUGCAGAUGUUCUGCGACGAGGUGUGUGAAGACAGCCCUCAGUACAGUGUGCAGCUGAGGGGAUGCGAAGUGCGGCCCGGUCCAGACACGCCGCAGGCGUACCGAAUCACCGUGUCCCAGCAUGGGGACCAAGUGGCGGUGCUUGAGGCCAGCUGCGCAGAUGAAAAGGAGCGCUGGCUGCAGCUCCUGCUGGAUGGGAGUGUGGGGUCGGCGGAUCAUCCAUACGAGCACCUGGACAGCACUGCAAAUACAGGGGCUGACAGACCGCUCAGCAGUGUUCUGAUGACACGAAGGUUCCCAACCUCCAACAUGUACACUGAUGACCCCUUUCAGCAGCUGUGUGGAACAGGAACAACUCAGCCGAUCUACUCCAACACAUGCAUAGUGGAAAACAUGUUCCAGAAAUCACAAAGUUCUGCCAAGGGAGACCCAGCAAUUUCCAAAGAUCUGGGCAAAUGCAACAACAGCGAAGUCUUUGCCAACCACAGUGAGUCUGUUUCUCUGUGGCCUGUUUUGCCAGGUCAGAAGACAGGAGAGGAGCCCAGGUGGGGGGUCCAGAAAUUGGAUCUGACCGGGAAGAGACGGGUACAACUGCGAGCGGAAUCCGAGGUGAACCUGGCGUCAGCGAGCAAGCCUCCUAAACGCUCCUCCUUCAGACAGUCUCUGGCCUUCUGCAGUGAGAAAGCACAGGGAGGUUUCCUGACACCCUUGCUGCGACGCACCGCCUCUGCCAAGAAUUCCCUUAAAAGAGCUCCUUCGGCCAUUUUCAUUGAGAAGGGCAAGGUCUUCCAGAGAAAGAAGGAGUGGGAGACAAAAGCCUUUGCUUGAUAACCAACCUGCCACUUAUCCUACAUGUCUAUACAGUUUCUUACUUGUAUAAGUAUAUAUUGCACUGAAUAUAUUAUUACUGUGCAUGUGGAUCAUGCAUUUGUUUAUGUUUGUUUUAUUUGGGUACGUUUUUAUAUUAAUUGAAAACCUUUAAAUAUUAUAUCACUUUUUGUUUUUAAUGGCAGAAGUCUUCCUCCUUGUAUUAAGUGUGCUAACAUUCAGACUUUCCUUUAAGUGCAAACUAGCCAAGACGUGUUAUUGAAAUGUAGUUGUACAUCUUCAGCAGCCUUUUUCCAAUGCAGCUCCUCAUUCAGUUGAGGAAAGUGUUAUAUUUUCCCACAAAGGAACAACUUGGAUGUUAUGCACUGGUAUUGCAUUGAAAUGAAACCUAUUCUGUAGGACAUCGCAAGUGUCAAGAUAAUGACAAUAAAUGUGAAUAUGAAAGUUGAAUAGAUCUCCCUUAAUACAAACCACAAUGCACCACCAAAAUAUUUAACAUAAAGAAGGACAAUUGCAUCAGUAAAAAGACUGAUCAACUUCUCCAUAGCAGCCUGUGUUAUUCCACUAAAAUAUU